CGGGCAAGCCAUAAAAAACCCGGGCGAGGCGCUGAGCCGCACACAGCAGCGCCGAGCCACGGGCGAGAGGCUGCAGGAGGAGCGAGAGCCCGGCUGUCCGACAGCAACAUGCAGGGAACCAUGAGGUUGUGGCUGUCCGUGCUGACUUUUGCCCUGUCCUUGCUGAUCUGCUUGGGGACACUGGCAGAGGCUUAUCCAUCCAAACCGGACAAUCCUGGAGAGGAUGCACCAGCAGAGGACAUGGCCAGAUACUACUCGGCACUGAGGCACUACAUCAAUCUCAUCACAAGGCAGAGAUACGGAAAGAGAUCAAGCCCAGAAACGCUGAUUUCUGAUCUCUUGUUGAGAGAAAGCACAGAAAAUAUUCCUCGAUCUAGGUUUGAAGACCCUUCUAUGUGGUGAUGGAAAUUACAAUGCAUCGUCAGCCUUUUGCUAGUUUUCAAUCCAUAUUUCAUUGCUCUAAGAUAAAUUGGAGUUUAACAUUCCUCAGUGCAUGCAGUCAUUGUACUGAAUUCUGUAGAGUUUUCUGUCGUCAUACUGGUAUAUACAUUUAUUUAAAUAAAUUAUUUGUGCAUUCCAGAAUGUAACAUACUAAAUGAAAAACAAUGACACUGUUACUGGUAAAGAUUUGUUUUAAACUAUUAAAAUUGAACUACAACCUCCCUGCAGUCUAAAGUAGCACGCACAGUAAUAAUUUCACAAAUACUACAGUAAUUGUUGCAACAAGUUAGAUAAUGACAACUUUUACUUAAGUCUUUAAGUCAACUUUACCAUUUUGAUUAAUACAAAGUUAUUUAAGUUUCAUAACAUUCAUUAUACACUACAUGAUUUAGGAAAAAUAAAGUGGCCUGAAUACUGUUUUUUCUUAUAAUCCUCAUACGCAAACAUUAAUAUAUUGGUCUGUGCAAGUAAUAAAUUUAAUAGCAUUUUCAAAACACAAAGAAGUUCUAUGGACUAUUAGUUCUGCUAAAAACCUCAUGACAGAUUCAGAGUUUUAACUUAAAUAUAACCUUUUUGUUUUGGUUACAUUCAAAGUGGGAAGGAUUAAUGUCACUUCCAAAUAACAUAGGAAUAUAAUUAGAAGUAUUUGUAGUUGAAAGAAGUACAUUGUAUCUACUUUUCAUUGGUAAGCAUGUGGAAUCGGCUACUGCUGACAAAGUCCUGUGUAACUGCACCACAUGCAUUAGGAGGUUUUUGUCCCAUGCAACCUUUCCUUUUUUCUAAGAACAAAGAGAACCUUAAUCAGAUAUACCAACAGUGAUACUUUUUUAGAGACCAUUCUUCCAUUAUUACAUUGUGAAAUUCCCAUUACCCUUGAGGGGAAGUUCUUGAGGCAUUAUGAGCUGGGAAGAGCCAUCAUAUUUUAAUUCAAAACAGCUUAAUAAGAACAUAUUCAGUAUGUUGUUCCCCCAUUGACAUUAGCAGGAAAUGCAAAAACAGGUGUACUUCAGAUCCAAAAUUGUAAUUUAAAAAUCCCUGCUCCGAGGUUGCCUAACUCCGGAAGUAUCUAAAUGCACUCAGUGCCUCUUUUAACUUGGGACUUCCCUAGAUGCUUGCCAUUCUGCCUUUUUUCCCCUGUGUGCAGAGCUACCUUGAUCUAAAUAACUAGAUGCCUACCUUGUGCUUAAGUCUCAUCGGGAUCCAGAACUAGGCAGAGCAGUGCUUUGUCUCCUGAAGGGAGUCCAAUCUACUAGGUAUGCUCUGUGUGUGUCAAGUGCAUCCUGAUAGCAUUGAGUUCAGCACAACACAAAGCAGCCACAGCCGCUUGCAUUUAAAAGUAUGGCAAUAGGAGCAACUAUUGUUGCCAGGCUUUUAUGUAAGAACACAGUGGUUUAGAGCACUUGCUCAGGAAGUAGGAAGAAGAUUCCUAGGCUCUUUUUAGGCUGCAAGGAUGCCAAAUCACAUUUUCCUUCACAUUCUCCUCUACAGGCAUGUGCUAUAACCACCAGUCUAAUGAAAAGGCUGGAUGGGAGCACCCUCCAGCCUCCUGUUGAAGUUAGGCCAUUGUACAGCAAGAAUGUAAGGUGUAUUAGGCCAGAAGGGAAAUAAGCAAGUGGGAGCUUGACUCUGUAGGCUAGUGGCUGGGACACUCAGCAUGGAAGCAGGAAGUCAGGGAUUGUAGUAUGUAUCCCCAGGUGUUCAUGUAUUAUGUUAAAGAGUAACUGGAUAAAAAACUAGAAAUAAACCUAAGGCUGGGGGCCAGAACUUGUAACUCACUCUAUUCACCUGGGAGUCUGAUCACUGAGUUAGGGUGAGAUGCUUGCUUGAGCUUGCUCUUCCUGGCCUUUUGACUCAUGCAUUCCUUUCUUAACAGUGGUCCAGCUUCAACAGGAGGGGCAGAGGUUGCUACCUGGAGAUUUGGGCAGUCUCAUGGGAUAUGUGGGUUCCAAUCCAUACAAACUCAAGGAGGUAAUAGAACCUGUGUCCCAUCCAUUAGGCCAGUAUGUAAAAGGCAGGCAGGUCCUCCUUGCAGCUGAAUUUUUAAGAGUGACCCCUGCUCUGUUCUUUCAAAAAAUACUUGUAGGUGUUUUCCUUUGGUGAAGGACUUCAGGUUCUAGUUCUUGAGUGGAUGGAUAUGCCUCCUUUGCAGCCCUGAGUCACAAGCCAAAGGUCAGAAGAGAGGUAGGAGUUCAAACACAGCCCUGUCCUUGAGGUUCCCUAUUGAUUAGCUCUGAGUGGCUUCUCACCCAGCACCCUUUUUUUAAAUCCCAUUUUGAGGUUCUCUUCACAUGCUGCAGAGGGAUGUGAGGUGCCCAGUUCUGAAUUUAGGACUCCACGCCAGGGGCUAAGGGUAAUGCAGCACCUACAAUUGGAGCUAGUAGACUGUUCUCAGUGAGAGAACAAAACAAGGAGCAAUGGUCUUAAGUCAUAGCAAGGGAAAUUUAGGUUGGAUAUUAGGAAAGACUUUCUCACUAGGAGGGUAGUAAAGCACUGGAACAGGUUACCCAGAGAGGUUGUGGAAUCUCCAUCCUUGGAGAUUUUUAAUACCAAGUGCGAUGAGCCCCAGAGAAGGGCGGCAUUACUGAGGAACCCUGGAGGGGGGGCACUGCUGAGAAGUCCCAGUGUGGGCGCAGUGAGCCCCGGAGAGGGGUGGCAUUACUGAGGAACCCUGGAGAGGGGGCACCACUGAGAAGCCCCAGUGUGGGUGCGGUGAGCCCCAGAGAAGGGGGCAGCAUUGCUGAGAAGCCCCAGUGCGGGCGCGGUGAGCCCUGGAGAGGGGCAGCAUUAUUGAGAGGGCCCCAGAGGAGGGCAACAUUAUUGAGAAGUAUUCAAAAUUGUCAAUAGUCACUUGAGUAAUUUUAGGCACUUCAUAGAGGGUAACACAGAUUCCAUGUUCUUUAGUAUUUGAACAUUAGCAAUGAUUGCAUAUGUACUGUGUGAAUGAACAUGUUUGAAAGUUGGAUUUACUAUAUACUUCACACCUGUUUCCCAAAUGUUGUAAAAGUAGGAAAGCACAAAUACAUUUGAGUGGGUGAUCUUUCAAAGUACACUCUGGAUGUAUUUGAGAAGUAUUAACAUUCUGCUGCUUCUCAAUAUUUGCCAGCUGUUAUAUGUCAUGUUUACUUUAAUAGAAUGAAAAUAGUUUUCAUUUAAAGAAAACACCUGAAUUUCAUUUUAAUCGGUAAAUUAUGUUUUCAACAGCUAUAUUUUCACUUCAUUAGUUUAGACUCUAGACUUUGCUAUAAUGCAUUCCUUACAAAAACUGAAUUUAAGAAGACAUAUAUUGUGUUGGCAUUUUGUAUAUGCAUCAUGUAUACUAUAUGCAUUACUGAUUGUGGGAUGAUAAUUAGAUGAGAUUGGCCUGAGUCAAACCACUUUUAUAUUUGUCAAACUAAAGCUGCCUCCCAUUAUCUUUCAUACAUAUGUUUUACUGGAGAAAAGAAAGGUUACAGAAGAAGAAUAUGCACAAAUUGCAUACUCUGUGCAGUUCCUCUCAAUUAUAUGAAUUUUCUCCAUCUUAGGGAACAGACACCUGUGUAGAAAAGCUGAAUAAAUUUCUAAGUGGUUGCAUUUGUUUACCUAAUUGUUUUAAUGAGAAAUGGUUGGUAGCAGCAAAGCAAUCAACCUGGUAUAGAAUAUAUACAAAAAGUGUGUGUGUGCAUGCGUAUACCCAAACACACAUUGAUACAGGUCUGGAAUUUUUUUUCUAAAUCUUCUUGUAGUUUGUCCAGAGCAAACACAGUAUUGAGCAAUUUUUAUUUAUGGAACUAAACUUCCAUUCCUUGUGUACUUCCUGCUUUGAGUUUCUUAAGCCACAACAUUCAAAAGCAAGUCACGCUACCCCAAAGCAUGAGGUAAUAGCAAAAUAUUAAAUGUUGGCUCCUUUUCAUUUGCCUUGGUUUCUUGAGCCUUUAUGGUUCAUGUUUUUUCUCCUAUAUUCAUAACAAGAUGUUAGUUCAAAAAAUCCAAAAGCUGAGAUUGAAAAUUCAAGGAGGCUGAGGUGUAAGAGGAAAAUUGAAUAGCAAGAGACUCACGAUAAAAUAUGAAAACUGGCAAAAUGUUCUACUUCAUUCACUGGGAGCCUGAGAUUCACAAUAAGUGCAGGUAGGUGUGAAACGUUUCAAUGACAGGACAAUUUUUACUAUUAUAUUGUUUUAUAUUGUUCUAUUGCUAUAGGUUUCUAUUAUAGAUGCUUUUACUUCUGGUAAUAUUUGCUUGAUACUUCAUUAAAUGUUCCCAACUUUGAA